AUGUCCAACUACCGCAUAAUGCGCGAGGUACUAGGCUACACCGAUGACCUCCCACCUCUCCCACCACAGAGAACGCCGCUUUCGGACGCGGAUCGGCGCACAAACGACAUGAUCGUCAAUGACCUCCGCUUGACUCGAGAACAUUCCUUUCGCGAGCGACUUAGAUGCAUAUUCGCCGCGCGACCCCUCCGACUCGACCCCCAGCUGCCUCUUCCGAGCCCCAAAAUAGACCCUACCUGGGAACCCUGGCUUUUGAACAUUGAGCAUCUUCAAGACAUAUGCAGCAAAACAGUGGCAAUCUACAGAACAUACACCCAAUACACAUCAGAUAAGCUGUACAAGUUCAUCUUCGACCAAUGGAUCCUCUCGCAUGGGGGCAACGUCCACAAAGUCGACCUCGAGUUCGCCCGCUUUUUCGCAAAGAUGAUCGACAUCGGUUACCAGAAGGGACGAGCUACGGCACAAGACCUGAUCCCCCGUUCAUCAAGCUUUCUCGCCGCGAACGAUAACUUUUUAGCUGGCCACCAGAUCGAGUUCUAUAACAUCAAACCGCUUUAUAGAGCGCUUUUUAUGAUGAUAGAAACACAAAUACCAGAGAACGAAACCAAUUUAGAAUUUUUCGAAGGCCUCGAUGUACUGGAAAAGAUCAACGAGAAUGAAGUGGUCACUACCUUACCAAAAGCUUACCAAUUUAUCAUGGGUUUGGAUCAAAAAGAGGGUACUGGAGCGGAAAAGAGAGAUGAGAAGAUACUGGACCAUUGGCUCGGAAUCCCUGAAGUGCAACUACAAAUGUGGUACAACGCAAACAACAAGUCCCGCAAUAGGACAACCCAUUGGACAGGAGGACUGGAGGAGAUCCCCGAGGACCUUCUACGACGUGGUGGACAUAUGGUUUGCCGACUGUCUCUGACCUCGAGGCUGCUGCGAGGGCUAAACGGAGGUUGGAGGGAAGGAAAAUAG